AUGUCUCAAGAAAAAAUUAGUGAAAUAAUAAAAGAUAUUAGUGCUCUCAAAACAAGUUGUGAAAAACUUAAUUCUCAACUAGAUGAACUAAUUACUCAAAAAGUGGAAAAUGAAAUGCUACUAGAAGAAGUUAAGGUUUUAGAAGAUGACUCGGUUUUACAUAAACUUGUUGGCUUAGUUUUAGUAAAAGAAGAAAAAAGUAAAUGUUAUGAUACAAUAUCAAGAAGGUUACAAUAUAUCACUGGAGAAAUUGAAAAUAGAAAGAAGGUUAUUACUAAUUCGGAGGAAAAACUGAGAAAGCUAUUUAGCGAUUUAGAAGCACACGCAGGACAGAGAAAAAUACCCGUUCCACAAGCUUAA